CUAUACAUAUAUUGCGAAAUAAAAUCUUUAUAGUUACGCAUCCGCCGCAGAAGCGUCGUGUUGUUAAUAAAUCAUACGAAAAAAAAAAAAAAAAUAUUAUAUGCAAAUGAAGUUAAUUUUUAAUUUUAUUGAAAGUGACUUUGAAAGUGAAUUGAUUCAAAAUGGUUGUCAAAACAAAUUCGUUGAACUUCGAAGAAGCUUUGAAUUUAACCGGGUUCGGCAAGUUCAACUUCCUGAUGCAAUUGGUAAACAUCAGUCUCAUCAUGGGAAUGGCGUUCGAGAUCGUGUCUGUCGCGUAUUUAGUUCCCGCCAGUGCCUGUGAACUGAACACUACCAAUUUUCAACAGGGCUUCAUGGCUGGUAUGCCCUUACUAGGUAUUAUAGCGACAUCCCACUUUUGGGGAUAUUUAGCUGACACGCGUGGCAGAAGGAAGAUCUUAGCUUGGUGUAUGUCUUUGGCAUUCCUUGCUGGUGCAUCAGCAGCUCUAUCUCCAGACUGGAUCGUAUUCAGUGUCUUGAAAUUCUUAUCAUCGUGCGCUGUAGCCGGGACAUAUGCAUUAGCUCUGACUCUGCUGAGUGAAUGUACGCCGCAGCACAGAAGGGCAAUUAUGGUAGCUUUAACGAGCAGUAUUUUCUUGUGCGCCACUGGACUUAUGGCAGUGAUAUCAAUUCCAGUUCUACAAUUAAAAUUUUCGUACUACAUACCGUAUUUAAACAUUGAGUUCACAUCGUGGCGUCUUUUGAACCUCGUGUUCGCUACUCCCUGUGCUCUCGGAGCAGUUGGCAUGUACUUCUCAUACGAGAGUCCGCGAUUUCUGUUAAGUGUUGGCGAGGAGGCGAAGGCGUUGAAGGUCUUGAAGGGCAUUUACAUGAUAAAUACUGGAAAGAGUGGCGAUGACUAUAACGUCAGUUCUGUAGUUUUAGGCGAAGACACGGGCAAACCGUCUAACGGAUUUUGGUCAUCUCUAGUCGCCCAAACAGUACCAUUAAUGAAACCACCACUUCUUAAAAAUACAUUGCUGUUAUCCGUCAUGUUUGUGAUUGUUUACUUUGGAAUCAAUCCAUUUUUAACAUGGUUACCUUACAUCGCUGAUGGAGUUAUGAAGGCGAUUGAAAGAGGUGAUGAUAACUUAUCGUUCUGUGAUAUGCUGAGAUCGUCUCAUAAUGAAACCGCGACAGAAAAUAAAGACUGUAGUCUCAACAGCUUCGCGAUGGUCACAGUUUUUGUGAUCAGCGUCACAAUCGCCGCUUUAAAUACAAUCCUCAGCGCUAUUAUCAAUUAUAUUGGAAGAAAACGCAUGUUGAUUGGGGUGCAGCUGGUCGCCGGUAUCGCUGGCCUGUGCAUCAACUUGACUAGCUCGUGGAUGGUGAGCACGAUCCUGCUCGUGGCAUUCAUGACCGGUGUUCUUAACUUCGGCUUUCUUUCCACGUUCAGCGUCGAUAUCUUCCCCACAUACGUCAAAGCGAUGGCAGUUUGUCUAACGCUGAUGGUCGGUAGAGGAAGUUCAGUAUUUGGCAUCAAUAUCUUGAAGCACUUGCUUGUGUAUGAUUGUGAAUUAGCCUUCUAUAUCUUCGGUGGACUCACUUUCGUUGGCGGUUUAAUCGGAUUCCUUCUACCGGCUGAUACGAAAACCGUCAGCAAAAAAGCAACGGAAACGUAAACAAGUAUUAGUUCUAACUGUAUUAAUAUGUAAAUAAAUGUCCUAGGGAUCUGAAAUUAUUAUUGUAUUAUAUUGUAUAUCUAGGAUAUUUAAUCCAAAAUACGAUUAUAGUCUAAUUCUUCGGACGACAUGAUGCAGGCGUACGUAUCGUAUCGUGCAAAAUGGGUUAACGUUACGAGAAAAAUCACUGUAAUUUCAAAAAGUCACAAAUGAUCACAAAACAGUGAACGUUGAAAGACUGAGCUGUUACUAUAUAUAUAUAGUGUCACGGUCAACGUUUAAUAUGCAACUGAACUGAAAUCACGCCAACCACUCGCGACCCAGACUGAAGAGCGCCAUCUGGUGGCACUUGUUUUGACAGCCUAUAAUAUCCGUAUUCAUGACAAUACGAUAUAUAUAAGGUAUAAUAUUAUAUUGAUUUUGUUACUUUUUAUUGUUCACCAAUAAUAGUAACAGCAGUUAAUUAAGCGAGAACAUUAAAAUCUAUGAAUGUGAUUUUAUCCAUAAUAGAGAUCUCAUCAGCUAACCUUUGUAAUACUGCGCGAUUGGUAAAAAGUAAAUAAACGUUCCUGUACAUACUUGAAAUUAAAAAAAAGUACUAACAUCUAAUAUUAUAUAAGUGUAUAUAUUAAAGGACGUCUGUAUUUAUAUUUAUUUAAUUAGAAAUGCAGACGUGCAAAUGGGCCAAUUGAAGCUAAGUGGUUACGAGCAACCAGACAUUGAUACUGUAAGAAAUAUUGACCAUUCCUAACACUGUUUAUAUGCCGCUAGUCCGUUUGUGUUGGGCUGACUUAAACAGAAGAAAAAUAAAGUUUUUCUGAUUAGAAGUAGAAUGAUUGAUGAGUUUAUGGUACAUUAUACGCUAGAAUUGUACAGAGCCCUAGCCUGGCGGUAGGACAAAGAGAACUUAAAAUAUUUAUAAGAAAAUCGAAAUCCAUAUUACAAAUGAUUAAACAGAGAUAUAUUAUUAUAUGUAAAUAAAUGAAAUAAAGAGAUUAAGAUCAUUA